CCGCCUCUGGGUCCUCCUUCUCCUUCUUUCCAUCUCUAACAUGAUGGUCUUCCAGGCAUGGCGUAGCAGUAGAGAAACAAGACAGCCCAGACUUUCUGCAAGGAUUCAGAAGAGAAGAUGAAUGAGAACCAGUCACAAGGAUUUCCCGGUUCCUGAGCCUCACGUGAUAUCCUGGAUGGAGCAAGAGGGAGAGCCACAUGUCCGGGAUUCCCAGGACUUGGGGGAAGCGGAGCUCCCAGGAGGCACCUGUGCAGCCGCCGGUGAAAGUGUGAGUGAGAACGAGGGAGAGACGCCCCAAGAGGGAGGCGCUGAGCCGCCGGGGCCCGUCUCUGAAAGCCUCAGGGAGGCUGUCUCGCAGAGCCCCGAUCCUGAGAAGAGUCAGAGCCGGCCAGAAAGGCAGCGGAGAAAGACCCCGGGCAAGAGGCUGGUUAAAUCCCCCACCCAGUGCGAGAAAGGCUUCCGGAAACUCAAGGACAUCCUGGUGCUGCAGCGAUCCCACUCCCGGCUGAGACCCACCAUCUGCAGCGAGUGUGGCAAAGGCUUCAGCCGGAGCUCCGACCUCAUCCGGCAUCAGAUCACCCACACCGGCGAAAAACCUUACACCUGUGCCGACUGCGGCAAAGGCUUUAGCCAGAACUCCAACCUGGUGACCCACCAGCGCAUCCACACCGGCGAGAAGCCCUACCAGUGCAGGGACUGCGAGAAACGCUUCAGUGAGAGCUCCGCCCUCAUCCAGCACCAGCGCACCCACACUGGCGAGAAGCCCUACAAGUGUGGGGAGUGCGGGAAGCGCUUCAGCGUCAGCUCCAACCUCAUCCGCCACCGCCGGACCCACACCGACGAGAAGCCCUACAUAUGCAUCGAAUGCGGCGAGAGCUUUCGCCACAAGUCGCAACUGAGACGGCACCAGAAGCUGCAUCGGACUCACACCGGCGAGCGGCCCAGCACCUGCAGCGAGUGCGGCAAAAGCUUCAGCCAGAACUCGCACCUGGUGCAGCACCGGCGCACCCACACCGGCGAGAAGCCCUACCGCUGUGGCGACUGCGGCAAGAGCUUCAGCUGGAGCUCCAACCUCAUCCAGCACCAGCGCAUCCACACCGGCGAGAAGCCCUACCAGUGCGGGGAGUGCGGCAAGAGCUUCACCCAGAGCAAGAACCUUAUCAAGCACCAGCGCACCCACUCGGGCGCCCGCCCCCACCGCUGCACCGAGUGUGGCCGCGGCUUCACCCAGAGCACCAACCUCCUCAAGCACCAGCGGCUCCACGCCGCCCGCCAGAGCCAGUCCUGCCCCGAGUGCGGCCAGGCCUUCCGCGAGAGCGCCGAGCUGGAGCGCCACCGGGCCGAAGCCCACGGGCACGAGCCCUACAUCUGCGUGGAGUGCGGGGAGAGCUUUGCCAAGAGCGCCACGCUCAACCGGCACAAGAGGGUCCACAAGCCCCUUUUUGUGCGCUGAACGACGGGUGUGGAGUGGGGCCGUGCCUGUCACGUGACCGUGCGCGGCAUCAAGAUGCGCUCAGUGUGGUUUGGCACGUGGCUGGCUACAGCAUUGAUGCCUGCGAAGCACAGCCAUGCCCGUCAUGUGACCAGCCACAGCAUCGCUGAACGUGGGUGUCCACGGUAUUGAUGUGUGCUGAGCAGGGCCCUCCACUGUAUCAAGACGUUGAGCAUGCCUGUGCCAUCCAUGAUGUUGCUGAGCGUGCCUGUGGCCCAUCAUGUGACCUUCCAUGAUCUGAACAAGCACUUAGCGUUGGCAAGUCACGUGGCAGUCUACGGCAUCACAUGGCCAUCCACUAGAUCAGGGCAGGUCGCGUGUGGCCGUCCACGGUAUCAACAUUGUGGUCAAAGCCUUGGAAAGCAGACCUCAAAAAACUGACGGGACAGAGCUUACAGAUGUACAUAAGGUGGGGGGGGGGGCAGGGACCAGGGUUGGGGGGGAUGUUUAAGGUAGAAGCCAUAAUACUCAACAAGGCAACCACACAUCCUAGGGAAGCCAGCAUCUUGGGGCAGGGGAGGGCAUCCUCUCCUGGGGGGUGACAUUAAAAGAUGGAUUGUGGAGGAGGAGGUGCCUCGUGUGUAGAAUAAAAUUCUGCUGUUUUGAGGGUGUAGAUUCUGUGUGGUUCAGCUUGUUGGGAAGGAAAUGGUACCUUGAUUCUGUAUUUGGGGUCCUGCUCUGAGUGGGGGGGCCCCAGAUAUUGUGCUAAUACCGAUAAAGGGGGUGGGGGGAAUCGCUUGAAUUAAUUAAAGGUUCUUUUGUCCUU